AUGCUUCUCAGCUUAAUAACAAUUAUUUCAACGCUACAAUUUACUAUAGCUGACAAAUUCCCAAAUGGUACCGAUACAAAAAUGAACUUUUUUAGCUGUAGUACCGUGGAUAUUAUUACCGUUUCAUCCAUAGAACUAUUCGAUCAAAAUGGCUUGUUAAUGUAUCCAAUUAAAUUGGAGGAGCUUGCAACUGUUAAAUUGAAGUCUUACAACAACGGCAAUGUGGUUGCAAAAGAUACAGUGAGUAUAGAUGUUUAUGCAUAUGUGGAAAAUGAUGGAACAUGGAUAUGGGAAAAUGUCAUUCCAGGACCGCUUCAAUUUUUGUUACAUAAUAUCGAUGGUUGUAAAAUGGCUCAUAAUUGUCCACUAACAAAAGGUGAUCUUGAAUUAACACUACCACUUGACCUCUACAAAUAUGCAAUCCUUUUUAGCUUUAUUGACAAAACCAUAGCUCAUCAAUUCAUUAUCAAACAGUACGACGCUGAAAGUGGUCAAGAAAUUUCUUGUGAAACUAUUCAAUUCAAGCUUGCUUAA